AGCUUUUGACACAUAACAGCUGAUUUGUUGUCAUUCACUCCGUAUUGUUUCUGUUGAGAUUUUUCGUUAUAAUUUUAUAAACUGCCCCAUUUUAGUGUAUGUAUUUUCUAUUAAUUAUAAAAAUACAACAAAGAAAGAGAUUUGCAUCAUACCUACACAUAUAUACAUUGUUGUGUGAAACAAUAUAGUACCCUACCAUGGAUCCCAAAGACGUUGUCGAGCAUUUGGUUGCUUUAAAGGUGAUGAGACUUACAAAACCGGCUCUAAUAAGUCCUAAAAUAGUAACAUGUGAUUCCAAGGACCUGCCAGGGAAUAUUUUAAACAAUUACCUGAAGGACGACGCGACAGCAGUCACUCAGAUGGAAACGCUGGCAGCUGGACAGUUUCUACUUCUACCUCAAAGUUUUGGCAAUAUUUACUUGGGAGAGACGUUCUCUUGUUACGUGUGUGUUCAUAAUGAAACUAACCAACCUGUACAGAGUGUUUCUAUCAAGGCAGAUUUGCAAACAAACUCUCAAAGAAUACCUCUGUCUACUCAACAAAACCAAUCUCCCAUAAUGCUUGAUGUAGAUGAGACACUCAGUGAUGUUAUACAUCACGAGGUUAAAGACCUCGGUACGCAUAUCCUGGUAUGUGAAGUCACUUAUAUGUCUAACUACAAUACAUUGGCAUCAUUCAGAAAAUUCUUUAAAUUUGAAGUGAUGAAACCAUUGGAUGUUAAGACAAAGUUCUACAAUGCUGAGUCUGAUGAUGUGUAUCUGGAAGCCCAAGUGCAGAAUAUUACUUCAGGUUCAAUUACACUUGAACAGGUCUCUUUGGAAAGUUCCCAACAAUUUACUGUGAAAUCAUUAAAUGAGAUUAAUGACAAUGUUUCUGUGUUUGGAGAUGUCACCUUGUUGCAACCUCAAGAGAGUUGUCAAUACUUAUAUUGCUUGUCGCCAAGAGAAAGCAUUUCUAAAGAAAUUAAACUUCUAGCAGCUGCAAAAAAUAUUGGUAAACUAGACAUCGUCUGGAGGUCCAACUUGGGAGAGAAGGGAAGACUGCAGACCAGCCAACUGCAGAGAAUGACUCCUGACUAUGGUGACAUUAGACUAACAUAUGAAAGAUUGCCCAGUAAAGCAUCUGUGGAUGAACCUUUUGACUUCAAGUGCAAGAUUGUAAAUGCCAGUGAGAGAACUCUGGAUCUCAUAUUGAAGCUACGCUCACUUCAAGACUCUAGUCUGCUUUGGUGUGGCAUAUCAAAUAGAAAAUUGGGCCCAUUAGAGCCUGGCAACUCAAUUUAUGUGAACUUAACUGCUUUACCAAUAAGCACUGGACUACAUAAUAUCACAGGAGUAUCACUUGUGGACUUAUUUUUGAAGAGAACAUAUGAUUAUGAUGAUUUAGCUUCCAUUUAUGUAUGUUAAAAUCUAAUACAGUAAAAUAUGCUUUAUGCGGGUGCUCACAACAACCUCCAUAAUUCUCUAUUAUUAAUAAAUCAUUGUAAACAUAAGUAUUCUUAAAACUUUGGUUAUUAGGUAAUUAUAAUUCAAUUAAUGGAAAUAUAAAUUGUAAUAAUCAUA